AUGAAAAAAGAAAAUGGCAUUUUCAAAAUCCGGGGUCGCGUGCCGCGGGCGCUCACCGUCGAGCGGGCGCGGGCGCUGCUGCGCGGCGACGCCGACCCGCUCGCCGGCGCGCCUUCUGCCCUCGAGCGGGCGCGCGUCCUCUGCUCGUGGAGCGAGUCGGAUCCGACCGCUGCGGCCGUCGGUUCCACAGUCGAGAUCCGCUCUCUUGUCUCGCGGCCGUCGAUGAACGGCAAGGUCGGCGUCGUCGUCUCCGCCAACGCUUCGACGGCCCGCUUCGGCGUGCGCGUGGCGGGCGAGGCCAAGGCACUCGCACUGAGGCGCGCACUGCAAUGGCCGGCCAACCUGCAGCCAGCGGCCGAGGCGGUGGAGGUGGGCAGGCUCAUCCUCAAGGCGGCGGAGUGGUCGCCGCAGUCGCACGAGCUCUUCCCAACAGCGGCUCGCAAGCGGGCGGUCGAGGUGAUGCGGCUGGGCUACCUGAUCGCUUGGGACGAGGAGCGUUUCGACAGCCGCGAGGGAGCGGCUCCAGAGCUGGCGGACAUCUGGCGCGGCUUUGUGCUGCCAAGGGUGGUGGUGCGAUGACUUCUCGUUCCGCACGGGGGUUUCAGUGAGAGGGCCAAACCCCCAGCAGGGGGUCUUGCCGUUGCCCCUGUGCAACCGCAACGGCUUAGUGUACUGUGUAGCCAGCGACCACACGCGUGCGUGUGUGGGCGUGCCCCUCGUCUGGCCUGCAGCACUUCCCUUUUGACAACGUACC